GAUCGCGAUCGGUCACUCGUCCCAUUCCACCGCUGGUCGCCGAGCAGCCCACAGCUACACGUCAAGCUCUGCCCCGCAGCAAGUACUACACUGGACUGAAACCUCCUUCCCCCUCACCUCAAGUCCGGCAUUACUGUUUUCGGUUCAAGUCUCCACCAAACGUAGUACACUGCAGCAGAUCCUAUACGAAAUGGCUUGCCGUUACGCAUCCGCCGUCACUCUGCUGGUCGUCGUCGUCGCCGUCGUCUUCCAGGCCACGUCCGCUGCUUUCUUGGUUCCCGAAGUGGUCAUGAUGAGGAUGAAGCGCAACCCCGAGCCCAUGCGAUCGUUUUCGUACAGCGGUUUCAACCCCAACGGGCAGAUGUCCGCGUUCACGGGCCUGGCCGAGUACCCCAUGUUCGGUGGCAGCUUCGGGUCACCGUCGCAGGCCGGUCCGUACAACUAUGGGCCGCAACCGGCCACGCAAGACUCUUACGGGCCACCGCAGGCCACUCAAGACUCUUACGGGCCGCCGCCGUCGGGCGUCGCGGGACAGCAGCAGACGCCGGCCGCCGACCCGGCCAACAGACAGCCAUCACAACAGUACGGCGGCUCGUCGGCCGCGGGCAGUCAACAGCAACCGCAAGAGUACGUGCCACCGAAGUCGGGCGUGCCGGUCGAUUCCAGGGAACAGAGCAACAACAGCGUGGAACAAGCAGACAACAAGAAACAGCACAGAGGUCGCGAUGGUCCGAGCAGUAACGCGGAAGCUUCGUUCAACGCUUGGUUCCCCAUAAUGUUUGGCGUAUUCCCCAAUGGUGCCGGCAGCGGCAACGGUCAGUCGGGCAACUCAAACAACCGCGGUAACAACAACAACCAAGGACAGGGCCAGGGUCAGGACCAAGGUAACUCGUACGGGGGCAACGGUUACGAGAGGUCAUCGGGCACGACGGUGAUCGCAAACAGCGUGAGCAACGGCAGACACGGUGUGGCCACCAGUCACGCGAUCGCCUACGGCAAUCCUAGGUCGUCGUCUCAAAACUAAGAGCGGCCAUACGUCAUAGUUUUCGAAAUUAGAAAGACCACCAGUUAACGGUUUUGUAUAGAAUUAUAGGGGCUUUCUAGUUCUCCUUGAUAUAUAUAUAUAUAUAUUAUAUUUAUAUUAUGAUGUUAGAUACCGUACAAUAGGUUAACCGCUUACCAGUGUACACCCUACCUACUUACAAAAUAUUUUCAAAUUAUAAUUAUUAUAUAUAUUUUUUUUUUGGCCUAUAAAAAUCGUGUGUAUUUUACUUUUUACGACAUUUUGUAACAAUAAUUAUUGGAACAAUAAAUCGAUUAAGCACGUCGUGUACUCCUGAAAA